GAAUGGAGUGCAGCAGAGGAGGAACUCAUGGCAGGAUGGUGUCUGGGGCACCAAUUGCCCCAUUCCUCCAGGGCGUAACUUCACUUAUGUCCUUCAAGUCAAGGAUCAGAUAGGUAGCUACUUCUAUUUUCCCUCCCUUGCCUUCCACAAGGCUGCUGGAGGCUUCGGUGGCAUCAAAGUCGCUAGCCGCUCUGUCAUUCCUGUUCCAUUCCCUCCACCUGCCGGAGAUUACACUAUUCUUGCUGGCGACUGGUUCAAACAAAACCACACUGCUCCUCGUGGACUUUUGCAGGAUUUAAAAUCAAUUUUGGACAGUGGGCAUGAUCUUCCUUCCCCUGAUGGGCUACUUAUCAAUGGGCGUGGAUCAAAUGGUUACAAGUUCACAGUUGAUCAAGGCAAGACAUAUAGGUUCAGGAUAUCAAACGUUGGGCUUACAACCUCCAUCAAUUUCAGAAUCCACGGUCACAAGAUUGUGCUGGUUGAGGUAGAAGGGACUCAUACACUGCAGAACACAUAUGAUUCCCUAGACAUCCAUCUGGGGCAAUCCUGCUCUGUAUUGGUUACAGCUGACCAACCUGAGCAGGAUUACUAUAUAGUUGUCUCAACACGAUUUACAUCCCAGGUGCUCACAACUACCUCCAUUCUUCAUUACAGUAACUCUGCAGGAAGUGUUUCUGGUCUUCCCUCUGGUGGCCCAACAACUGAGAUUGAUUGGUCUCUUAACCAGGCUCGGUCUCUUAGGCGAAAUCUAUCAGCAAGUGGGCCAAGACCCAAUCCCCAGGGCUCUUAUCACUAUGGUUUGAUUAACGUAACCCGUACUAUUAGACUUGCAAACUCUGCUCCAAUAAUCAAUGGCAAGCAAAGGUAUGCUGUCAAUAGUGUGUCAUUUAUUGCAGCAGACACGCCACUUAAACUUGCUGACUACUUCAAGAUUCCUGGGGUUUUCACCCUUGGAAGCAUACCAUACAACCCCACUGGUGGUGCUGCUUACCUAAAAACCUCUGUCAUGGCUGCUGAUUUUCGAGGCUAUGUUGAGGUUGUCUUUGAGAACUUGGAAGAGGCUGUUCAGUCAUGGCAUGUUGAUGGUCAUCACUUCUUUGUUGUGGGGAUGGCUCGAGGGCAGUGGUUACCUGCAAGCAGAUUAAGUUACAACUUACGAGACACAAUUUCCGCUGCAACAGUUCAG